UUCAAACCAGCGGCGCGGUAGCGUGUGUGGUGGUACAGAUGGAGGUUAGCAAAGAAGAUAUAUGCCAGUUGGCAUACGAAGGUCAUGUGGACAAAGUUAAGGAGCUCAUAUUGAAAAAUAACAAAUAUGUCACCAAACAAGAUGAGUCAGCCCGGCUGGCCAUCCACUGGGCGGUCAGCGGCGGACACAUGGACAUUGUGGAGCUGCUGCUGGAGCACGGAUCGCCGCUCGACCCCGCCGACGACUCGGGGUGGACGCCGCUGCUGAUCGGCGCGUCGGCCGGCCGCGCGCCCAUCGUGCGCCUGCUGGUGGCCCGCGGCGCCAACGUUAACCACGUGACCCACACCGGCCAGUCAGCGCUCAUGUACGCCGCGUCCAAGAACCACCGCGAGAUCCUGGAGCUGCUCUUGCGCAGCCACUCGGACCUGAACUCGGCCGACAAGUACGGCAGCACGGCGCUCCACCGGGCGGCCUCGCGUGGCAACCUCCAGUGCGUCCAGCUGAUGCUGCAGUACAGCAACCAGCUGGACAUCAACGCCGCCGACCGCGUCGGCAACACGGCCCUCCACCUGGCCUGCGAGGACCAGCAGGCGGAGGUGGCGCGGCUGUUGGUGCAGUCGGGCGCCCGUGUCGACCUCCAGAACGCCGCCGAGCGCACGCCGCUGCAGAUGGCGCCACCGGGCCUGGCGCGCGACCUCCGCCAGCUGGCGCCCGUGUAGCCGCCCUGCGCGCCUGUGCGAACCGCGCCUACCGCGGGCCGCCGGCGCCCGUCUGAUCGUGAUGCGCGUCGCCAGGCGGCCGCCACUUUCUCACGCACUGUGACGCUCGAGAGUGUGCUUUCUGACGUGGGACGACGUGCCGUUGUGUGCCCAAGGCCGCCUCCGGCUCACGCCCCGCGUGGCCGCCCCGGCCGCGGGGCGCCGACAACGACCACUCCGAGCUGUGAUGGCGGCGGGCGGCGGCGACGUGGACUGCCGCGCGCCCGGCCAGAGGAGCCC